AGAUAUUUUCGCAAUAGUUGAUUUCAGGUUAAGUUCCUGAUCAGGAUGAGUUAUUUGUAUGAUUAUGUUGAGAAAUUGUUGCCAUCUUCGUGGCGUAGAAAACGCAUCCGACGUCCCAUUAUUUGGUCUUCACCGGAGUAUUCUGCAUCCGCCGACGUGCUGACGGUCCGAUCGGUUGAUCUUUGCAUCGAGGAGAACGGCAAGAAUCACCACACGAAGCGGUUCGAGCUGAUGGGCCGCGAUGAGUACAGUGGCAAGAUCCCGAAGCUGAUCGUUCGCCGUGGACAACCGUUCCGGCUGCGGAUAAUCUGCGAUCGUCCGUACGAUCGGAGUCGCGACGCACUGAGCUUGAUCUUUACAGUGGCCGACGAAGAUCAGCCAACGCACGGGCAUGCGACGUUGGUCGGUAUUCCGGUUAAUCAGUUUCCGUUCCAGCUGGGAGAUCCGCUGGAAUGGGGAGCCGCGAUCGAGGCGAUCCAAGGAGAUAUGCUGGAGAUCUUGGUGAAGCCUGCCGCUUCGGCACCGAUUGGCCAGUGGAAGCUGGACAUCGACACGAAGCUGUUGAGCGAUGCGUUCGGCAAGAGCUACUCGCUCCCACAAGCGUUCUACGUCCUGUUCAAUCCUUGGUGUGUCGACGAUCAGGUUUACAUGGAAGAACGAUCCCACCGCCAUGAGUACGUCAUGAGCGACACGACGCUCAUCUAUCGUGGAUCGUACAAUCGGCUGCGACCCUCGGUUUGGAAGUUUGGCCAGUUCGAUAAGCACGUGCUCGAUUGUUCGUUGCUGUUGAUUGCUAAGAUUGGUAAAGUGAGUGCCACACACCGGGGUGAUCCUGUGCGUGUCUGUAGAGCCAUUUCGGCGGCCGUAAACUCACCGGACGAUGAUGGUGCCCUGAUGGGGAACUGGAGUGGAGAUUUCUCUGGCGGUACGGCUCCUACGAAGUGGGUUGGUUCGGUUGAGAUCCUACAGCAGUUUUACAAGAAGCAGAAACCGGUCAAAUAUGCCCAAUGUUGGGUGUUUGCCGGAGUGGUAUCCACAAUUGCUCGAGCCAUUGGAAUACCGUCGCGGGUGGUGACUAACUACUCGUCAGCGCACGACACCCAGGCCUCGCUGACGGUGGACUACUUUGUGGACAAACACGGCAAAAUAAUGGAGGAAAUGAGUUCCGACUCUAUCUGGAACUACCACGUGUGGAACGAGGUGUGGAUGCAGCGCCCCGAUCUGGGCAUCAGUUCCGACGGUGACUACGGUGGGUGGCAGGCGAUCGAUGCCACCCCGCAGGAAUCAUCCGACGGGAUGUUCCGCUGUGGACCGGCCUCGGUCCUGGCGGUCAAGCUAGGCGAGGUACUGAAACCGUACGAUAACAAUUUUCUGUUUGCGGAAGUGAACGCCGACAAGGUGUUCUGGCGUUACACCGGACCACAGCACCCGCUGAAGCUGCUCCGAAAGGACGUGCUCGGAAUCGGUCUGUUCAUCAGCACGAAAGCCACCGGUCGGUGGGAGCGUCAGGACAUUACGUCGUCCUACAAGUUUGCGGAAAAAUCGGAAGAGGAACGGGCCACAAUGUUGAAGGCACUGAAACAGGCGAACAGUUACUUCAGUCGGUACUAUCUGAACGAGGAGUUUAACGAGGUGUACUUUAACUUUGAGCUGCGCGAUGACAUUAAAAUUGGGGAACCGUUUAGUGUGAUUCUUCUCAUCAGAAACCGUUCUUCGGAGAAGCAGCACAACAUCGAAGGGUCGCUGCACGUUGACACCAUACUGUACACGGGCAAGGACCGCGAUAGUGUAAAAGUGGAACCGUUUUCGAUUGCCCUGGAUCCGGGCACGGAGCACUCGGUCCAGAUGAUGGUGGAGUUUACGGACUACUACCGCAAGCUGCGCGAUCAGGCAGCAUUCAAUAUUUCGUGUAUGGCCACGGUGCAAGACACCGAGUUCGAGUUUUAUGCUCAGGAUGAUUUCCGAGUGCGAAAGCCGGACAUAAAAAUACAACUGUUGGGAACGCCGGUAUCGCAGGCACCGGUCGAUGUGCAGAUUACGCUGGAAAACCCACUUCCAAUAGCGCUUCGCAAAGGAUUAUUUCACGUGGAGGGAUCGGGCAUUGGAAAACCGUUACUGUUUAAGCACGCUGAAAUAGCUGCAGGAGAGAAGAUCUCCAACGUUUUCACCAUGAUACCACCCUACUCGGGAAGGCUAACGAUCGCUGCCAAAUUUACCUCGAAGGAGCUGGACGAUGUCGAUGGGUUCCUUGCUUUUGAGUCUGCCCCACGGCCAGAGGACAUCAUCAUGGAAACGGAGAGCAACGCAAUCAUCUCCCGUACAGACGUGAUAGACUAAGGAAGCCUGCCAAAGAAUCUGCCAUACCUUUCUUUCCCCAGUUACGUCCUAACCCACUGCCUAAAUUAUGACCGUUUGUAUUAACAUUAUGCAGUGUUGUAUUUAAAAUAAUUAAAACCAAUAAAACUAUAGUUCAA